GACAUGUACACUGAUCAUCAGGGCACUGAUGAUCAGUGUGCCCUGAUAAUCUGUGUAGCCCCAGCAGCGCCACUUGUCAGUGUCCAUCAAUGCCAGCUGUCAGUGCUCAUCAAUGACCCUGCCAGUGCCCAUCAGUGCCUCAUCAAUGCCACAUAUUAGUACCCAUCUGAGCUGCUUUUCAGUGUCACCCAUCAGUGCCACCUAUCAAUGCCAGUCAGUGCCGCCAAUCAGUGCCACCUAUCAGUGCCACCAGACAGUGCCGCCUAUCAGUGUGCAUCAGUUCCCAUCAGUGCUGCCUAUCAGUGCCAGUCAGUGCCGCCUAUCA